GCUUUAGAAUUGAAAGACAUUUGAAAAGCGAAAUAGGUUAAAAAAAUUCAAUAAACUGUUGAUUGAUUUUGAGGAAAAAAACAAAAACAAAAACAAUACACAUAUUGUGUUAUUCAAUGUUUUAUAAAAUUAUGACAAACAUGCUAACGAGUUUCUUAGUUUACAUGCUUAAUAUAUUUUAGGCUUAUUUUUCGGAUAUUUUUUUCUUUAUUUAACGCUGGAUGCUUGGUUUCAUUAGACUGUGCUUGAAGAAAUGUAUAUUACCCUGGAAAUCAUCUAUGUAUUUCUGAAAAGUGUGUACUCCAAGAUCAACAUUAGGGACCGUGUUCUUCAAGAAAACAAGUUGCUAAAAGUUUCAUGCUGCAAUUAUACAAUCAUAAAUAGCAAAUUUGUCUAAUAAAUAUUUUGGGAUGAUCAUGACACAGUUAAAGAAUUUCACUUGGUUUGUGUUAACCACAUUAAUUCAUACCAUGAUGUUUUGAAAUGGUCUGGAGGAUUGUACCAAUGAAACUCAUCAUUUCAAUAAAAUGUUGAUUAAAAUUUGUGAUACGUCUGGAUAAUGACAGCUACUCACAUUCCAAAUGUUGACCACUCAUGGAACGAAACAAUGGAAUGUCUGACACUUGAUUUUGGACCAUUUGAAACUGUUCAUCGUUGGAAAAGAAUGCCAGAAUGUGAUGAAUUUGUUGGUGCAAGACGCAGUAAACAUACAGUUGUUGCAUAUAAUGAUGCCAUCUAUGUUUUUGGUGGAGACAAUGGGAAAAGUAUGUUAAAUGAUUUGUUGCGCUUUGAUGUGAAAGAAAAAUCAUGGGGAAGAGCUUUUGCUACUGGCACUCCACCAGCUCCGAGAUACCAUCACUCUGCAGUAGUGCACGAGACAUCAAUGUUUGUGUUUGGUGGUUACACAGGAGAUAUUCAUUCUAACUCAAACCUUUCCAACAAGAAUGAUUUAUUUGAAUAUAAAUUUCAAACUGGCCAGUGGAUUGAAUGGAAGUUUGUUGGCAGGACACCUGUUCCUCGAUCAGCACAUGGAGCUGCAGUUUACGAUGGAAAAUUAUGGAUAUUUGCAGGAUAUGAUGGCAAUGCAAGGUUAAAUGAUAUGUGGACAAUAUCUUUACGCGGAGAUAAUCGAACUUGGGAAGAAAUAACACAAAUUGAUGAUCGACCACCUACCUGUUGCAAUUUUCCUGUUGCUGUUGCUCGAGAGUCUAUGUUCGUGUUUAGUGGGCAGAGUGGGGCCAAGAUCACAAAUAGUCUUUUUCAGUUUCAUUUUAGUGACAAACGGUGGACGCGGAUCUCUACGGAACACAUUCUUCGAGGAGCCCCACCGCCUCCAGCGCGUCGCUAUGGCCAUUCCAUGGUGGCUUUCGAUCGCCACUUGUACGUGUUCGGAGGCGCCGCAGACAGCACUCUCCCGAAUGAUUUGCAUUGCUAUGACCUUGAUACACAAACAUGGUCGAUUAUAGUGCCAGCCCCUGAUUCACAGAUGCCAUCUGGGCGAUUGUUUCACGCAGCUGCUGUCAUAGGGGAUGCCAUGUAUUUUUUUGGUGGCACUGUAGAUAACAAUGUUCGAAGUGGAGAAAUGUAUAGGUUUCAGUUUUCAUGCUAUCCUAAAUGCACUCUUCAUGAAGAUUUUGGCAAGCUUUUGGAAAGCAGACAGUUUUGUGAUGUUGCAUUUGUCAUUGGACCUGAUGAGGUUACGAUUUCAGCACAUACAGCAAUGGUUUCUGCACGCUCUCAGUGGUUGCGUACGAAAAUUCAACAAGCACGAGACAAGCUUCUUGAAAAGCAGGUGUUUGGUUCAAAUCAACUACAAUCCAGAAAUUUGCCUGUGCUGAAUGUUGAGUUACCUGAUGCUGUUCCAGAAGCAUUUGAAAUGGUUUUAAAUUAUAUAUACACAGACCACAUAGAUCCAACAGAAAAAUUAGAUCAUCCUGUUUGUAUUCGUAUUGUUCUGCUCAUGAUGGACGUGUACCGCCUAGCAGAACAGUUUCACAUGCAGCGCCUUGAGCAGCUAUGUAUGCAAUACCUUGCUGCAACCAUCAGCCAUUCCAAUGUUCUGGAAGCUCUUCGCAAUGCUGUGCGGCUGCAACUGCUCCAGAUUAAGGAGUACUGCAUGAAGUUCAUUGUAAAAGAGACAAAUUAUAAUGACAUUGUUAUGAGCAAGGAGUUUGAGACACUAGAACAGCCCCUAAUGGUGGAAAUAAUUCGCCGUAGGCAAAUGCCACAAAGUCGUGCCCAUACUGAACCAAAGUUUGAUGGAUGGGGUUCAACCUUGGAAGAAGAUAUGGAAAAUUUUCUUAAGAGUGUUGGUAAAGAUUUUACUGACAUCAUUUUGAUGCUGGAUGGUACGCCUGUCCCUGCACAUAAGGCUAUUUUGGCAGCAAGAUGUAGCUACUUUGAAGGCAUGUUUCGUUCUUUUAUGCCAGAAGAUAAUAUUGUACAGAUUCAAAUUGGAGAGACAAUUCCAUCCCAUCAGUCAUUUCAAUCUCUGUUGAAUUAUAUUUACUAUGCGGAAGUUAACAUGCCCCCUGAAGAUUCUCUCUACCUCUUCAGUGCUCCAUACUUUUAUGGUUUUACCAAUAACAGGCUGCAAGCUUUCUGUAAGCAAAACCUUGAAAUGAAUGUUACUUUUGAGAAUGUGAUUCAAAUACUUGAAGCAGCUGAUCGGAUGCAGGCUUCUGAUAUGAAGAAGUAUGCCCUUAACCUUAUUGUGCACCAUUUUUGCAAGGUUGCUAGAUUACCAAAAUUUCGAAGCUUAAGUCGUGCCCUUCUUCUUGACAUAAUGGAUGCUCUAGCAGAUGACCGAAGUGAUUCAAAAAUGUGUCAAGAUAUAUCAUGCAUUAGUUUAAGCAGUGACUGCUAAAAUUAAACAUUUCCUAGUUGUGAACGCACAAGUAUUAAGAGCCGAAAUACAGUAAUGUCUAGUGUGGCAGUUUAUCUAUAGAUACAUUUAUAAUUUAUUAUAAUGUAUAUUAUGUUAAAACUGAGAAUCUGAAAAAUAAAUCACUCUUGUUCAUAGAAA